AUGUCCGUGCCAUCACACAGGACUAUAGUGGCACUGCAAGGUGAGCCAGUGACCUUGUGGACCAUUCUUCGUCCAUGGCUGGUAUUCAUCUUAAUAUCCGGACUUACGUCUGGCAAUGAGACUGGUCAUUCCACAACGCCCAACAGACUUCCGACGGUGUCAUCUACGGAGAACCCACGUCUUCCAGGAUUCAACGAGGUACCGAUAACAACAACAACCGACACUAAAACAACAACAGCUGCGUUUACGGUCCAGGGUUUUCUGGAUGAGGCCGUCAAUGAGUAUACAUUUGACAUCUCUCUGUCCGCUCACCAGACUGUGCUGGAGGCCACGGCCUUCGUGUGUGGGAAGUCAUAUCUCUGUGACUCAGGUGAGACUUGGGAGGAUACGGAGAGUUCGGACUGUUUCGCUUGCCAGUUUCCGUGUUCCUGUGAGACGGGCUGUCAUUUGUACGGAGACUGCUGUGCUGACCGAGUCUACAACGCAUCGGGAACUCUAGCACAGCCCAAAACCAAGUGCGUCCUUAUCGGCGACAUGUCCGUUUUUAUGGUAACUGGUUGCUCGAACCUCAAAACCAACGACAAAGAGUAUGCGGAUCUUAACCUGUGUGAAAGUCCAGACACAUCCAAGAUUGAGCAGGCCAAACCUGUCAGUGUUGUUAGGUCACAAAUCACCUACAGGAACCGGUUUUGUGCAAUGUGUAAUGGACAUUUCGAACACGAUCUUGAGCCGUGGAGACACGAGAUCACGUGCAAGAACAAUGUAUCAGCUGCCAGAGAGCAGUGGGGCCCAGAGGAACUAUCAAAGCACGGCUGCUCCGUGAAUUUCAGUCCCCCAAACGAGGUUACUCCUAGAUAUUGCCCCGCAGGACUAGUUGAUACUUGUCCAACUGGCAACAGCAUUGCCAGCACAAUCUGUGAGCAGUUCGCCAAUCCGAUAAUACAUAACGGUGUCAUUUACAAGAAUAUAUUCUGUGCUGCUUGUAAUGGAAUUGUCUUGGCUAAAAACCAACUGUGUUUUCCUCCAUCUGAUCCAAAGGGUAAUAUACAACUGACUCAAAGACCCCUCAACGCUUUUAUGAACUUUGACCCCAUGUUUGAACCGGAAGUGAAUGACGAUGAACUUGAGGUUAACCGGCUGUGUGAAUUGGGCAGGGUUUAUGACCCUUUUGAGAACCAAUGUAUCUCACCUCUGUGCCAGGAAAGACGCACCUUCAUCCGAGGACGAUGCGAGCCCGUGUUUACAACAGCUAAGGGGUUAGGAUUCUCCGUAUUCUACAUCAUGAAACCAACUCACGGAAUACCAAAUUGGGAUUCGCUUAUAACACAAUACGAAGUUCUGGUCAGAAAACUCCUCGAACCGUUACUCCCUUAUUUCAUACGGCGAAUGGAAUUUCAAAUCUUCACGGCCGUUGACGGUGUGGGCAAAGAAACGUUUGAGGGCACGUCGGUGACGGCUGAGAUUUUAGUUAUGCAGGAUAUCUCCCUUAGGGAUACAGAGGAGAUACUGCAAAAUCUGCAGGUUUUGUCAUGGGCGUUCAUGGGGGCCGGAGAGGACACGCUGAUCACAUCAGCACCGCGCACCUGUUCCUCCCCACGUGAAGAGAUUACCUUUGAUCACAUCAGAGAACAGCUACUUCAUGACUCACUGGACGCCAUUACCAGUCAGUGUGACCAGACGUGUGUCAGUCACAUAGAAUAUACAACUGUUGACGUGUCCUUGGACUGCCCCUACAUUGAGGUUGAUAUUCUGAAAUCUAAGUUACGCUACAUCAAGGAAAAUUCCACCCUCGUUUCCGAUGAUGAGGGAUUGUUGUUAAAUGACUCCACACUGACUGUGUGCCGUGAUACUCUACAGAUAUGCAUAGGAACGUUGGAUAAUCUGCAGAGAGUGGCUGUUUUUGAGUCAGUGCCGGCCGAAAACAAAUCUCAGGUGGAAAUGAAGCAGGUAGAACCCAUGGCACUGACGAUAACAUCUACCGUGUGUGUUAGUGUGUCUUUAGCAGCACUCCUGUUCGCCUUCCUUCUCUACUGUUACCUACCAGAGUUACGAACAGCUCCCGGUAAAAACAACAUGUUUGUGAUUUUCCACCUUUUCUUUGCCCAGUUAUUUUUCCUGUCCGGAAUCGGAGCCACCGAAAAUAUUGGCGCUUGUAAAACUAUCGGUAUUUUGAUCCACUAUUUCUGGACGUCAUCAUUUUUCUGGUUGACUGUCUGUAUUCAUCAUGUCUACGCAGAUCUGAGGAAGAUUCUCGAGAAUAAAGACGACACGACUGACUUGAGAAGUGUCAUGAUGCGAAAUGUGUUAAUCUCAAAUGGCUUGCCUGUCGUCACCAUAAUUCUGUGCAUUGCUUACAACUUGGCUAACUCUCAUGGGACGGUCAUCGGUUAUGGUAACGCUGUUUGUUUCCUCAGCAAGUUGGGGGACAUUGGGUUAUACUUUGGUGGGCCUCUUGGGGUAGCUUUAGCUUGCGCUGUAUACUUCUUCAUUCAAACUGUUGGAGUAUUGUCACAGAUACCAGAUGCUGUCCAGGUUUCGAACAAGACAAAGAAAGCACUAGUCAUGGUUUACCUGAAGUUAGCAGUUUUGCUGUCAGUUGCCUGGCUAUUCGGAAGUUUUGCCGCCGCAUUUCAGUCUCACGUCCUGUGGUACAUCUUCGUCAUACUGAAUGCGGCUCAAGGCAUUUUUGCCUUCGUCUCAUUCUGUGUUAACGAUCAAACAUGGGAGAUGCUGAAGGAAAAGUUUGAACAAAUUGCUCCAGCAAAGAAGUCGAUGUCACACACGUCAAGCGGGACGUCCAUCAGUACGAUGUCAUCAAUGCUCUAG